GGUAGACCCUCAUUGGGACAUCACUGGUUGUCAUCUGGGGUAACUGAAGAUGCGUCUACUAGCUGAUGGACUUAUUUCUGACAGAUUUUUUUUUAACAUUUAGAUGAAUGCUGGGAGUGUCCCAGUUUAAUUCGGCACUCCAGUAGCCGCUGUUUGGCUUUCAACUUUCUUUUCUUUUUCCAGCCUGGAACGCAGGGUGAUGCGCUAACGCUGUAUGCCCGUCAAGAAAGAGGAGCAGGUCCCAGUAUCUCAAAAUAUGGACGAUACUCUCGGCUUGGGUCUGUCUGAAUGCGGUGCCAGUAGUUUUAGUGACCAACACCCCGAGACCCCACCCCAGUACCCCCUCUACCUGGCACCCGCCGUUCAGGAUGUACACAAAAGUCUCAAAGUGGCCAACAUUGUGGUGCAGCUGGAGAUGAAGGGGCUCUGGGACAAGUUCAACCAACUUGGCACAGAAAUGAUCGUCACCAAGGCUGGCAGGCGAAUGUUUCCCACAUUCCAGGUUAAAAUCUUUGGGAUGGACCCUCUAGCUGAUUAUGUCCUCCUCAUGGAUUUUGCUCCUGUUGAAGACAAGAGAUACCGAUAUGCAUUCCACAGUUCCUCCUGGCUGGUGGCUGGCAAGGCGGACCCCGCUGCCCCCGGCCGAGUGCACUUCCACCCCGACUCCCCCGCCAAGGGUGCCCAGUGGAUGAAGCAGAUCGUAUCCUUUGACAAACUGAAGCUCACAAAUAACUUGCUGGAUGAGAAUGGCCAUAUCAUUCUGAAUUCCAUGCAUCGCUACCAACCGAGAUUUCACGUGGUCUAUGUGGACCCCCGUAAGGAUAGCGAGCGCUAUGCUGCUGAGAACUUCAAGACCUUCCUCUUUGAAGAGACCCGGUUCACGGCGGUCACAGCUUACCAGAACCACCGGAUCACUCAGCUGAAGAUUGCCAGUAAUCCUUUUGCCAAGGGCUUCCGUGAGUGUGAAUCUGAGGACUGGAUGAGUGGCUCCUUGAUGAAUGCCUAUGGGCCAGCACAGAGUGGAAGGAAAGAGCAACGAGCGGAACCCGCAGCUCAAUGCUGCUCGCCACCUGCCCACCCCACUACAGUCUUUCUGGCUUCACCCACCAUAUGCAGAUAUGGUCACUACACCCAACUGUAUAGCGGGGAUUGAGAACUCCAGGGGUCUUUCGGUCUUCAUGUGUGUCCACCUCUUACCUGUCGGGCUCAACUUAGUAGGCUCUCCUGUGCCAGUCUUCUGUGUCGGCUCUGUGUUUGCUCCUUCCUCAAUAAACUG